AUGGCCGUCAAAAUGAGGUUAAUAUUUUCAAUAAUAUUUAUAAUUCAAUAUUAUAAUGUAGAAUGUAGUAAAUUACGGUUGGAUCCGUUAGUAGAAUCAAAUGCAGGAUUAAUAAGAGGUCUACAAGCAUCCGAUGGUGAUUACUCCAUGUUUCUUGGCAUACCGUUUGCUAAAGUCAACGAGAGUAAUCCAUUUGGGAUUUCUACUCCACAAGAAAAAUUUGACGAUGUUUAUGAAGCAUAUGAUGAUUCUCUUAUGUUGUGCCCUCAAUACCAAUCUUCCAAUAUUAAAGUGGGAAACGUAAACUGUUUAUUCUUAAACGUUUAUGUACCAAACUCAGCACAUUCGCAAAACCUUCUACCUGUAAUGAUCUUUAUUCAUGGCGGAACAUUUACAUCUGGCAGUGGAAGAAAAUCUGAAUAUGGUCCUAAAUAUUUGGUAGACAAAAAUAUAAUUUUAAUAACAAUCAACUAUCGCCUCGGACCGUAUGGUUUUAUGUGUCUAGAUACUCCAGAAGUUCCAGGCAAUCAGGGAUUGAAAGAUCAGGUAUUAGCCUUGAGGUGGGUAAAAGAUAACAUCGGAGCCUUUGGAGGAGAUGUCAAUAAAAUAACAUUAUUUGGGCGAAGUGCUGGUGGCAUAUCUAUAGAUUUACAUCUAUUAUCCGAACACGAUAAUCUUUUCAAUCGUGUUAUAAUGCAGAGCGGAACAUCUUUAGCUUCAAGGGUAUUGCAAACACCAGAUAAACCAGAUAAAACAGCUCCUCUAAAGAUUGCUGAAUAUUUAGAUUUUAAAACAGAUUCUGUAUCCGAUGCUUUGAAUUUUUUAGCUCAGACCGAUACUCAUUUAGUCAUUACUACUGCGCGUACACUAAAUAUGGUUUUCAAACCAUGUGUAGAAACAGUAUUCAAUGAUGUAGAACCAUUUAUAACAAAGCCUUGGACUGACGCGGAAUUUACGAAAAUCAAAGGAAUGCCAAUACUCAUAGGCUUUAAUAACAAAGAAAGAUCAUCUGAAUAUGCAAGAAAAGAUGAAAAAUAUUUUGAAGGUUUAAAUGUUAUCCAUGAUAAAUUAAAUGAAUCUUUUAAUUUGGAUAACGAUGAUUUAGCAAAUAUGAAAAAUAUUAUCCAACAUUUCUACUUUGGGGAUGAAAAAAUAAGUAUAGAUCUAAUUGAUGAGAUUGGUGAUUUCGAUUCAGAUUACACAUAUAUUCACCCUAUUCAAAGAAGUAUUAAAAAAUACAUUGAAAGCUCUCCUGAAAAUAUAUAUUAUUAUAUGUUUUCAUAUAGUGGUGGAAGAAAUUUCUAUAGAGCACGUUACAAUGUCACUGGAGAAGGUGCUUUUCACACCGAUGAAAUAGGGUAUUUAUUUGAUGUAUCAUUUCUUCCUGAGGACAAUGUAAAUGAUUUAAUUUUGUUAGAGCAAAUGACUACAAUGUGGGCUAACUUUGUUAAGUAUGGGGACCCCACACCAGCUACUACGGAUCUGUUACCAGUCAAGUGGACUCCACUAACAAAAGACAAGUGGCAUUAUAUGAAUAUACACUCCCAACUAUCAAUGGAAUCUAGACCACUAAACUCAAGGAUGGCUUUCUGGGAUUUGUUCUACAAAUUAAACGAAGAUGCAUCUAGAUUAUGUGAAAAAUAA